AAAAAAACUUUUUUGUAUCGGAGGAAUCAACAGCCGCCAUCUUGACGCGGCUCAGAAUCAGUAUUUCUGGAGAGCAUUAUUUUUUAAACCGAUUCGAGCCAUCCGGACUGGGCAUAAACGGCAUUUUCGUGUAGAGCAUCGAUGUGUUCAGUCUUUCUGGCGGAAUUAUUGCAAACAUGUGAGGAUUAGGUCGGGUUUUGUCGUCUGGAGAGCCUCCUGUAUAUUCGGUUUCCCUUUUAGUGAGCGCCGCUGGUCGCCGUAUCUUCGUUCCGAGCCGAUGUAUUUACCGGCGGACAGCCUCGCUAAAAAUAAUCCAAGACACAGGAAAUAUUUGUGGAAUUUUCUUAUUUUUAUUGAAGCCGGAAAUAUAAUUUAAGGCUGUUCGUUUCGGCUGCGAAAAAAAAAUGAUUCGGUACAGACGUGAGAACACCGAUCUGUGGAGAAAUGGACCGGACUGCGCGUCGUUAACCAUUUUCUGAGUAUUUUUAAUUUAUUUUUCUUAAAAAACGGUAGAUUCUUGGACGUCAUUAUUUCGGAUAAUGAUGUGGGUGUUGGAUUAUCAUGGGGUGAUUGUCUGUAGCGAAGCGUGGCGCUGUUGCCCUUCUUUUGCUGCGAUCUUCUAGAGGCGAUCGUCUCGCCGUCCUGCCAGCUAAACCAACUCACCGAGUCUUUCACGAAGAGAUUUACACAAACCCGUCGUUUACGAAGCGGGGGGACCUUUAUUUUGUUUCACAUCAUCACCGACUCACUCUAUUGGGGAUCAGAAUGGCCGAAAAUUUGCUGGAUGUUGGACCCCCAAAUGCAAAGCGACCCAAGCUUAAUUCACCUGCUCUCCCGGCGUCGGAUGGCCCAGAUCUGGUGUCCCUCUUCGACCUGGAAAAUGAACUCCCGGACGACCUCAUCCCGAAUGGGGACCUGGCCCUCAUGGGCAUCUCCUCCAACGGGGGCCCGGGAGGGGGCGGUCCAGGCCGGGGCCCCAGCCUCAACAUGGUCCCCGACGCCGCCGCCAAGCACAAGCAGCUGUCGGAGCUGCUCCGGCCCGGCAGCACCUCCAUCUUGGCCGUGGGCCACAACCAGGCGGGGCCCCAGCAAGGGGGCAUGGGCGGGGGGCAACUCGGCCAGGUCCUGGGCAAAGGCCCCAUGGGCCAAGGGUCGCCGAGCCACCCGUCCGCCCAGGUCCAGAAGGGGGGCCAGGGCAACGGGAACCCCGGCAUGAACUUCAACCAGGCCAUGAUGAACAGCGGGCAGAGCCAUGGGGUACUGGGGCAGCCCUCGCCCGGGCCGGUUAUGAACGGAGGCAUGGGGCCGGCGGGGAGGGGCCGACCGGGGCCGGGGAUGCAGUACCAGGGCCAGGGCAUGCAGGGCGCCCCUGUGGGCGUGGGGGCCGGCGUCGGAGGCAGCGUGCUGGCUGAGGCGCUCACCCAGGGAGGGCCGCAGAUGGGAGCGCACCACGCAAUGAACUCCCAGCAGGCUGGAAACAUGAACAAGAUGGGGAUGGCGGGGCCCCCGUUCGGCCAGCAGUACGGCCAGGUCGGGGUGCAGCAGAUGGGCCCUGGGGGCCUCAACGCCCAGCAGCUCCAGAACAAAGCGGCCCUCCCCAACAGCCUGCAGGGGCCGGGCAGUGUGCCCAACCUGAUGCAGCAGCAGGUGGGCAUGGUCCCGGGGGCAGGCGGCGUGGCGACAGGGCCCACGGCGGACCCGGAGAAGCGCAAGCUGAUCCAGCAGCAGCUGGUCCUGCUUCUGCACGCGCACAAGUGCCAGCGACGUGAGCAGGCCAACGGGGAGGUGAGGGCCUGUACCCUCCCCCACUGCCGCACCAUGAAGAACGUCCUCAACCACAUGACCCACUGCCAGACCGGCAAGUUGUGCCAGGUGGCUCACUGUGCGUCGUCCAGGCAGAUCAUCUCCCACUGGAAGAACUGCACACGGCACGACUGUCCUGUCUGCCUGCCGCUGAAGAACGCCAGUGACAAGAGGAACCAGCAACCCAUGCUGAGCUCCUCCGGCGCCGGUCUCGCCAGCUCGCUGGGCUCGGUAGGGGUCAGCCAGCCCAGCACCAACCCCGCCAUCAACAACACGGCGGGCCACAUCGACCCCAGCUCCAUGCAGAGGGCCUACGCCGCCCUGGGCCUGCCCUACGGGAACCAGUCGCCCGGCCAGACCCAGAUCCCGGGCCAGGCCAGCCCCCAGGGCCACCCGGCGCUGCGGAGCAUCAGCAGUCUGGGCUCCAGCCACAUGCCAGUGGGCAUGGGCCUUCCCUCGUCAGACCAGAUGCACUCGGACCCCUCUCUGCCCUCCUCGCUGAACAAUCAGCUGCUGGCAGACGGCUCGCUGGUGGGGGGCAGCAUGGGCAAGCUGCCGGCCGCCAGCCCCCUCUCCGCGUCGGGGGUCAGGAAGUCCUGGCACGAGCACGUCACUCAGGACCUGCGCACUCACCUGGUGCACAAGCUAGUACAAGCCAUAUUCCCGACCCCGGACCCGGCCGCACUGAAGGACCGAAGGAUGGAGAACCUGGUGGCCUACGCCCGCAAGGUGGAGGGGGACAUGUACGAGUCGGCCAACAGCAGGGACGAGUACUACCACUUCCUGGCGGAGAAGAUCUACAAGAUCCAGAAGGAGCUGGAGGAGAAACGGCGCUCGCGGCUCCAGAAGCAGCCCGCCAUGGUGGGCCCUGGCAUGGGCCAGCCCAACGCCAUGGGCCCCGGUCAGGCCGUCAGACCCCCCAAUGGACCCGUGCCUAUGCCCAAUGUGCCAAAUCAGCUCUUGAACCGAAUGCAGGGCUCUCAAGGGAUGAAUCAGUUCAACCCCAUGGCGAUGGCGCAGAAUGUGCAGAUGGCCCAGGCGCCCAUAGGGCCGCGCGCCGCCUCCCCGAUGAACCACCCUCAGAUGAACAUGGGCUCUGUGCCGUCGAUGGGCAUGUCCCCGUCAAGGAUGCCUCAGGCCCAGGGCAUGAUGGGUAAUCACGCCGGCAACAUGGUGGGCCAGCCCACCAACCAGGGCCAGUUCUUGCCCCAGGGGCCCUUCCCUGCCGGGGGAGGGGGGCCCAUGAAUGUGAACGUGGGCCUGGGCCAGGGCACGUCGCAGGCUGCCGUCGCACAGCAGCAGCAGCAGCAGCAGCAGCAGAGCUCCAACCUCCCCCUGAACGCGCUGGGGUCCCAGCUGCCCUGCGCCCCCCUAGCGCAGCCCCCCCUCCGCGCCACCCCUCCGCCCAACACCUCCGCUAACCCCCCGCCCCCGCAGCCGCCCCCCCACGCCUCCGCCCGGCCCUCCACCCCCGCCUCGGCGGGCGGCCCGUGCUCCACCACCCCCACCCACGUCCCCGGCGGCCUCCCCGGACCCCCCUCCAGCCGGGGCGCCUCCCCCGCCCCCUCCCAGCCGCACACCCCCCUGCAGCCCCCGCCCGACCCGCCCGGACCCCCGCCGCAGCAGCCCUCCUCUGUCCAGCCGCAACACCCCAGCACACCGCUCUCCCAGGCCGCGGCCAGCGUGGACAACCACGCCCCCACGCCGGGCUCCGUGGCGGACGCCAGCUCCCAGCAGGCGCUGCCCGACAUGGUCACCGCGGAGACGCGGGCGGAGCCCAGGGAGGACGGCAGCGGAGGCUCGGGCAAGAAGCAGAUGGACAUCAAGAGCGAGCCCCAGCACGAGGAGGUGGACCGGAAGCCCCUGCCGGUGAAGAAGGAGGAGGCGCUGGAGGCCAAGCAGGAGCCCAUGGACGCGGAAGACACCAAGCCCCUGGUGAAGGUGGAGCCCAAGGAGGAGGGGGAGGACGGCACCAACGGGACCUCCGCCGCGCAGAACCGCAGGAAAAUCUUCAAGCCGGAGGAGCUGAGGCAGGCCCUGAUGCCCACCCUGGAGUCCCUCUACCGCCAGGACCCCGAGUCCCUGCCCUUCAGACAGCCGGUCGACCCCAUGCUGCUGGGCAUCCCCGACUACUUUGACAUCGUGAAGACCCCCAUGGACCUGUCCACCAUCAAGCGCAAGCUGGACACGGGCCAGUUCCAGGAGCCCUGGCAGUACGUGGACGACGUGUGGCUCAUGUUCAACAACGCCUGGCUGUACAACCGCAAGACGUCCCGCGUCUACAAGUACUGCUCCAAGCUGGCCGAGGUGUUCGAGUCGGAGAUCGACCCCGUCAUGCAGGGCCUGGGCUACUGCUGCGGCCGGAAGUACGAGUUCUCGCCUCAGACCCUCUGCUGUUAUGGCAAGCAGCUGUGCACCAUCUCGAGGGACGGCACCUACUUCAGCUACCAGAACAGGUACCACUUCUGCGAGAAGUGCUUCAACGAGAUCCAGGGCAACAGCGUAACCCUGGGCGACGACCCCGCGCAGCCCCAGACAAUGAUUUCAAAAGAGCAGUUUGAGAAGAAGAAGAACGACUCGCUGGACCCUGAACCGUUUGUAGAAUGUAAAGACUGCGGGAGGAAGAUGCACCAGAUCUGUGUGCUGCACUAUGACGUCAUCUGGCCGUCGGGCUUCAUCUGUGACAACUGCCUCAAGAAGUCCACCAAGACGAGAAAAGACAACAAGUUUUCAGCCAAAAGGUUGCAGACGACGCGCCUGGGCACUUACAUCGAGGACCGGGUGAACAAGUACCUGAAGCGGCAGAACCACCCGGAGGCGGGCGAGGUGUUCGUCCGGGUGGUGGCCAGCUCGGACAAACACACGGAGGUGAAACCUGGCAUGAAGUCCAGGUUUGUGGACUCGGGCGAGAUGAUGGAGACCUUCCCUUACAGAACCAAAGCACUUUUUGCAUUUGAGGAGAUCGACGGGGUGGACGUGUGCUUCUUCGGCAUGCACGUCCAGGAGUACGGCUCGGAGUGUCCCUUCCCAAACACCAGACGGGUUUACAUCUCAUACCUCGACAGCAUUCACUUCUUCAAGCCCCGUCUCCUGAGGACAGCUGUCUACCACGAGAUCCUAAUAGGCUACCUGGAGUAUGUCAAGAAGCUGGGGUAUGUGUUCGGUCACAUCUGGGCCUGCCCUCCCAGCGAAGGCGAUGACUACAUCUUCCACUGCCACCCCAUGGACCAGAAGAUCCCCAAGCCCAAGAGGCUGCAGGAGUGGUACAGGAAGAUGCUGGACAAGGCCUUCGCUGAGAGGAUCCUGCACGAUUACAAGGACAUUUGUAAGCAGGCCACGGAGGACCGGCUGACCAGCGCCAACGAGCUGCCCUACUUCGAGGGCGACUUCUGGCCCAACGUCCUGGAGGAGAGCAUCAAGGAGCUGGAGCAGGAGGAGGAGGAGCGCAAGAGGGAGGAGAACAGCACCUCCUGCGAGACCCCCGAGGGGGCUCAGGCGGAGAGCAAGAACGCCAAGAAAAAGAACAAUAAGAAGACCAAUAAGAACAAGAGCAGCGUGAGCCGGGCCAAUAAGAAGAAGCCGGGCAUGCCCAACGUGGCCAAUGACCUGUCCCAGAAGCUCUACGCCAACAUGGAGAAACACAAGGAGGUGUUCUUCGUGAUCCACCUCCACGCCGGGCCCCUGGUCAACACCCUCCCCCCCAUCAUGGACCCCGACCCGCUGCUAAGCAACGACCUGAUGGACGGCCGCGACGCCUUCCUCACGCUGGCCCGCGACAAGCACUGGGAGUUCAGCUCGCUGCGGCGCUGCAAGUGGAGCUCCAUGUGCAUGCUGGUGGAGCUGCACAACCAGGGCCAGGACCGCUUCGUGUACACCUGCAACGAGUGCAAGAACCACGUGGAGACGCGCUGGCACUGCACCGUCUGCGAGGACUUCGACCUGUGCAUCAACUGCCACGGCAUCAAGGGCCACGAGCACAAGAUGGUCAAGUGGGGCCUGGGCCUGGACGACGACAGCAACAACCCCAGCGGCGAGGCCUCCAAGAGCCCCCAGGAGAGCCGGCGCCUGAGCAUCCAGCGCUGCAUCCAGUCGCUGGUGCACGCCUGCCAGUGCCGCAACGCCAACUGCUCGCUGCCGUCCUGCCAGAAGAUGAAGCGGGUGGUGCAGCACACCAAGAGCUGCAAGCGCAAGACCAACGCGGGCUGCCCCGUGUGCAAGCAGCUGAUCGCCCUGUGCUGCUACCACGCCAAGCACUGCCAGGAGAACAAGUGUCCCGUCCCCUUCUGCCUCAACAUCAAGCAGAAGCUCCGGCAGCAGCAGCUGCAGCACCGGCUGCAGCAGGCCCAGAUGAUGCGGCGCAGGAUGGCCUCCAUGGCGGGCAGUCGCAUGCCCCUCCCUUCCCCGCCGUCCUCGUCCACGCCGGGCACGCCCACCUCGGGGCAGCAGCCCAACACGCCCCAGACGCCACAGCCCCUCCCCAGCCAGGCCCCUCAGCAGCAGCAACCGCAGCAACCGGGGCAGCCGCAACAACAGCAGCAGCAGCAGACCCCCAACGCGGCCGUCAUGGCCCCGGGCUUCCCCAACAACGGGCGGCUCAGCCAGCCCUCCACGCCCGGCCCUCAGGGCAAGCCGGGGCCCCAGUCGUCCCCGCUGCAUCAGCAGCAGCAGUCGCCGCUGCACAACAUGGCCCCCCAAGUCCAGCAGCUGCAGCUGCAGCAGCAGCUGCAGCUGCAGCAGCAACAGCAGCUGCAGCUGCAACAGAGCCCCCAGCAGCCGCAGGCCCUGAUGGCCGCCCACAAGGUGGCCAAGCAGAUCGAGAUGGUGGCUAAGGCCAAGCAGCAGCAGCAGCAGAACUUCGCCAUGAACGGCGUGCCGCUCGCCCACCCCCGCAUGGGCGGCCCCAUGGGCGGCCAGAUGCAGAUGAUGCAGGGGCCACGGGGUCCCCAGGUGAUGCAGCAGAGCCCGUGGGGCCCCGGCGUGCCGAGCCCCAUGCAGACGGCGCAGGGCCCGCAGCUCCAGGGGCCCCCCCCGCAGUGCCACAUGGUCCCCCAGCAGGGGCCGGGCUCCCAGAUGGCCCAGCAGCAGGGCCCGCUGAUGCAGAGGCCCAUGAUGCCCCAGCAGCAGGGGCUGCAGAUGCCCGGGGCCAUGCCCCAGGGGCCCUCCGGGCCGGGCCUGACGCCCCAGCAGCAGGGCAUGCCCCGCGGCGUCCCGGGCAACAUCGCGCCCAGCGCCCUGCAGGACCUCCUGCGCACGCUCAAGUCGCCCAGCUCGCCGCAGCAGCAGCAGCAGGUCCUCAACAUCCUCAAGUCCAACCCCCACCUCAUGGCGGCCUUCAUCAAGCAGCGGACGGCCAAGUACCAGGCCACCCAGCCCCAGGGGCCGGGGCAGCAGCAGCAGCAGGGGCCGCCCCAGCAGAGCCCCCAGCAGGCCAUGAUGGGCCCCCAGGCCGGCAUGCAGGCCAUGGCCGCCAUGCAGCAGGCCCACGCGCUGAGGCCCGGGAUGCCCGCCCAGCAGCAGCCGCCGCCUCAGCAGCAGCAGCAGCAGCAGCAGGCGCCGCAGCAGGCGGGCCCCCAGGGCAUGACCCCCAUGGGCCUCCAGGGGCAGAUGAUGAGCGCCGCUCACAACGGUAACCAGCAGGUGGCGGCCCAGUACCGCAGGCACCUACUCCGCAUGCAGCUGCAGCAGCAACAGCAGCAGCAGCAGCAGCAGCAGCAGGGAGGCAUGCCGCAGAGCCACAGUCAGUUCCCCCAGCAGCAGCAGCAGCCGGGCCCUCCCAGCUACUCGCAGCUCCGCAUGCAGCAGCAGCAGCAGCAGCAGCAGCAGCAGCAGCAGCAGCUUGCCAUGCAGGCCGCAGUAGGGCCCGGGGGCCAGCUCCCUCCCAUGGCCCAGAUGGGGCAGCCGGGCAUGAGCAUAGAUGCCCAGAGCCUCCACCAACACCUCCUGCAGCAGCAGCAGCAGCAGCAGAUGCUCAAGCAGCAGCAGCAGCAGCAGAUGGGCUCCCCGGCGCAACAGGCCAACGCCAUGAGCCCCCAGCCCCACAUGCUCCAGGGCCCGCCCCAGGGGGGCCCCCACCUGCCCGGCCAGGCCAUGACCAACGCCCUGGGGAACCAGGUGCGGUCGCCGGCGCCCGUGCAGUCGCCCUGCCCCCCCUCGCAGCAGCAGCAGCAGCCGCCCCAUUCCAGCCCGUCGCCGCGGAUGCAGCCGCACCCCUCGCCGCAGCACGGCUCGCUGCACUCCAGCUCGCCGCACCCCGGCCUGGGCGGGCCCAUGGCGGGCUCCAUGGAGCAGGGACACAUGGGGACGGCGGAGCAGAGCGCCAUGCUGCCCCAGCUCAACCCCCCCAACCGGGGGGGGCUGGGCAGUGACAUGGGGAUGGGGAGCGAUACCACGGGGGACACGCUGGAGAAGUACGUCGAAGGAUUGUAGCAUUGCUUGGUGGAAGAUUUAAAAAACAAUUGGCCUUGAUUGCGUGUUUCCAUCCAAGAACCAUUUUUUUUGUACUUAUGUAAAAAGUUGAAAGGAAUACAGAGAAAUUAGUCGAGAGGCCUAAGGACUGUGAACGUUUCAUUCAAACCAAGGGACUGCUUUAUUCUUCCUGCGACACGAGGAGGGGUUUAAAUAAUUGCUGUUUAAAAAAAAAAGAGGACAAUUAAACACAAAGAAUAUAUUUUUUGGUUCAGACCAGGCCACAAGAGUAUGUUGUUCUGGUCGUUGUGUUUUAAUUUGGUUGUUUUCCAUUUCUUUACGAUCUGGUGUUGACUUCCUAUUUUUUUUUUUUUUAUGAAACUUCUCAAAACAAAAAUCUAGUUUUGUUUUAUUUUGGUUCUUUUGUACCCCUGGAAAAAUUACUAGCGUUUUUUGUGUUGAGAAGACUGUAAAUGAGUUUGUCUGGGAACUUUUUUUGCCAGGUUUCACCUCUUUCUCCCUUUCUUUGCCCCCCUGGCUAAUUUAUUCUAAUAUUCAAUUUUUCAAAAAGGACACGUCUUUGGGAAAGUUAGACUUUGUGUCCUGUUUGCAGAGAUUACGGGAGGUUUAACACGUUUGUAUAGAACCUGGGACUUUUUGCACACGCACCGAAACACGACAUGGCAGGUGUGUGGUGUGUGGGGCGGGGGGGGAUGGGAUGACCAGCACUGCGUGUUCAUCCACUGGUGCGGGGGUGUUCAAUAAACUGGAAUGGGCCCAGUGCUUUUGUCUUGCAACGUUAAACUUUCUUUGUUCCUUCAUUUAAAAAAGAAAAGAAAAUUCUCAUGAAGUCCUGAACCUCUUUUGCCUGUGGUGGGAUAUACUUGUUUUACUGCUGAUUUUAGUUCAGAGUUCUUUGCAACCGUUUUUCUCUUGCAUUAAACAUUGUUGAACUGUUCUCUAAUGUAAAUCAUGCAGAUAGACAAUACUGUAAAUAUCCAGAAAUUAAGAAUGAAAUCACUGUACAAACUGGUUAAAAUGGCUCAUUUCUUACUUAUAUACCAUAUUGUUAAAUAAACCUGUGUGCAACAGA